GUUGCGCGAAUUCACGAAAGAAAACAUGAGGAGUCUAUAUAUAAUGAAAUCGAUGAAUUCAACGGAUUCAACAGAACUGGGGGCCAAGAGGGGUCGAGUCUGAGGUAAUAGGCAAAAGCCGGCGACCCCCCGCCUGACCCGACGCGUACGCCAACUCAAUCUGAGGGAACGCGUCAGUGACAAGUUCCAUCUUACCAGUGCGCUCCUUCCACCUCGUCCCCCGAUUCAUCAAACAUGGCCCGAAGAUAUGACAGUCGAACAACAAUAUUCUCUCCGGAAGGCCGGCUUUAUCAAAUCGAAUAUGCCAUGGAAGCUAUCUCACAUGCAGGAACAGUCCUCGGCGUACUCGCAAAGGACGGUGUUGUCCUGGCCGCUGAGAAACGUGUCACAGGGAAGCUGCUUGAUCUUUCUAGCGCGAAAGAAGGCGGGGGCUAUGGUGGCAGUGGAGAGAAGAUGUUUUUAUUAAACUCAAAUGUAAUUGGGGGCGUUGCAGGCAUCACAUCCGAUGCGAAUUCGCUGGUGAACUACGCGCGGACUGUGGCACAACAACAUCUUUUGCAGUAUAAUGAUGAUAUACCGGUUGAGCUUCUUGCACAACGAUUGUGCGAUAUGAAGCAAGGAUAUACGCAAUUCGGAGGUCUACGUCCUUUCGGCGUCUCCCUGCUAUACGCAGGUUAUGACCCACAUUACCAUUUCCAAUUGUACCAUUCCGACCCAUCUGGCAACUACUCCGGGUGGAAAGCAACAUGUAUUGGGGCAAACAACGGCACGGCGCAGAGCUUACUCAAACAAGAAUACAAAGACGAUUUGGGCGUCGAGGAGGCUAUCGGGCUCGUACUGAGGGUAAUGAGCAAGACGAUGGACAGCACAACCCUUGGAAGCGAAAAGCUCGAAUUUGCAGUCCUCACAUAUGAUGAAGCAGCGAAAGCACCAAAAGCCAAGAUAUACAAGCCUGCAGAAAUUGAUGCUCUGCUUCGGGCGGAAGGGCUUGCGAAGAAGGAUGAGGAUACAGAGAUGAAGUAAUUGGUCAUACUCGCAGCUGUAUUCGUGUACAACAAUUUCUUCGACCUUGGGAAUGGGCAAGGUAUAUUAAUUAUGAAGCAUAGAAGGAACCAGCAUCCCCAUUGAUAGUCGUCUAUGGUCUGUCUACAUUAGACCUGGUCCUUGAUGAAAGGAAAACACGGAAUGAUCGAAGCAAUGUAAACAGGAGUGAUAGCAGCUUCCCCCAUGUACACGAAUCAAUGACAUGCCAUCCCCUUGUCAGCAGGGCCGUUUGGCUCUAUAGUAUCACCCAAGAUGUAGUGUCCCACUGCGGCACCAAGGAUAACUGCAAAAAUC